UUAUAAAAAGACGACAUGUGGUUUGAUUUCAAUAGGGAAUUUUAAAAGAAUACCAAAUCAAUUUUAGAAGAAGGGAUUUUUAAAUUGAACUAAAGCAUGAAAAAUCUGAAGCUGUUAAGUUUCCAGCAAUUUGAAGCAGCCUCUGGAGACUGUUUCUGCUCUGACCAUGAUGGAAAUAUUUACUUCAGUUCGACAAAUUCAGUAUUUUGUAUGGACAAACACUCCAAAGCGGUUUCUAUGUGUGCCGAAAUCAUGCCAGAUUCUGUGGACUCGAAUGCCUUCAUCAUUGGAAUGGAGCAUAUCAUUGAAACUGACAAUUUGUUCAUAGCGUCUUCAAGUGGAGAAAUAUACCUGUUUGAUAUUUAUAGCAAAGAGGUCUUAAGUGUGGGUCUUGUUGACUCUGGUUUACUAGGGUGUGCAUGGAGCCCUGACCAAGAAUUUGUUGUUCUUUUAACUGGUGCUGACAGCUUAAUAUUAAUGACAAAGGAAUUCGAUGCGAUAACAGAAAAACAACUGACUACUGAUGAAUUUGGAGAAAGCAAACCAAUAACUGUUGGUUGGGGUUCUAAAACUACACAGUUUCAUGGGUCAGAAGGGAAAGAAGCUGCUCAUGUGAAAAAAAUGGAACCUAAACCAGCCUUAGCCUAUGACGACGGAAGACCCAGAAUUAGUUGGAGAGGUGAUGGUGAAUAUUUUGUGACUUCAAGUAUAAAUUCCGUAAAAGGCUACAGGCAACUUCGCAUAUGGAACAGAGAAGCCGUUUUACAGUGCACUAGUGAAAUAAAAGAAGGACUUGAAGAAGCAGUUUGUUGGAAACCAUCUGGGAACCUUAUUGCUUGUAGCCAACAGGAUGCUGAUAAGCAUAAAAUUAUAUUUUUUGAAAAAAAUGGGCUGCAACAUGGAGAAUUUUCAUUGCCUUUCAAAACAAACACCAAUAGGGUUUUAACUUUAUCAUGGAAUACAGACUCGAACAUAUUAUUGGUUAUAGCUGAAGAAAUUUCCCAGUCUCCUGAAAAAUUUCAAGUCAUGUUGUGGACAUGUAGCAAUUACCAUUGGUAUUUAAAACAAAGUUUUAGUGUUAAAAACUCCGCUUCUCACAAAAAGUUGAGAUCGUCCUGGAAUUUGUAUCAUCCAAUGGAGCUCUUUCUUUACAGCCCAUCAUCAGCUGAUUUCAUUCAUGCUAAAUGGGCAGCAGCUGUCUCGCAUGAUGUAAAUUAUAUGAGCAGUGACGAUGCACUUGUAAUAUCUGUUGAUAAUGACAAUCUAUUAAUAACUCCAUUUGGGAAAAUGAUGGUGCCACCUCCAUUAUGUGCAUAUUCUUAUAACUUAUCAUCAGAAGUACAGGCAGUAUUUUUUUCUCCCUACACUGCAUCUUUUGGCUGUUAUUUAAAUAAUUCCACAAUUGCAAUUUUUCACAGAGAUUCUGCAGCUGAGAUUGAAAGUUUGCCAGAAGGGUGCAAAUUGAAGUUGGUAGCUGCUGGUGGCAAUGGUUUUUUGUCCAAAGUGAAACCUUAUUCAGUUUGUAGAUUUUAUAGAAUAUGCUUGGAAAAAUCUGACAUUCAUUGUCCUGUCUUAUGCCACUGGACUUGGAUCAAGAAUAAUAAACUGCUCUCUGUUUUUUCUGAUAAGCAAAAAGGUCAAAGCAACAAAAGCAAAAUUUAUGAAUUUGACCUAUGUGAACAAAGUAUAAUUCCUGGACAGACAAUAAUUGGCAGGAGUAUAUGUGACAUUGAAGGCUCUGCAAUUGCUAUGUGCUCAAACUCUGGUGGAUCUGUUGUUGCUCUACAGUUAGACAAUGGAACUGUUUUAAAAUAUGAAAUAGAUGCUGUUAAGGUAUCAAAAAGCGUUUUUUCUCCAUGGUUACGUGACGAUGGAACUAUACUCACUCUGCCUCAGAUUUGCCCUUUAAUGUCUAUCAUAACCAUCUGUGAAAAGGACUUUGUUUUAGGCUUAACUGAACGCUACAGCCUCUUUUGCAACCAUGUUCUUUUAUUGUCAAACUGUACUUCUUAUUACAUUCAUGAAGAAUAUCUUCUGACCACCACUGCUGAUCAUACAUUAAAAUGCUUCAUGAUAAAUUAUGACAUAUUAGACAUGAUGAAAAAUCCACAGCAAAAGAUUGAUGUACCUAUGCAAAAAAUAGAAAAGGGGGCAAAAAUAGUCAUUGCACCAUUAAGAAGCACUAAAGUGGUGCUACAGAUGCCUCGAGGAAACUUGGAAACAAUUCAUCCUAGACCCCUUGUGCUGUCAACUAUUUGUAAAUACUUAGAUAAUUUGCAGUAUGAUAAAGCAUUUGACUUGUCAAAAGUCCACAGAAUAGAUUUGAAUAUACUAUUUGACCAUAAUGCAAAGCAAUUUUUAGAAAAUGUAAAGAAUGUCAUUGAACAGUUGAACUCCCCUAAUAAUCUUAAUCUAUUUUUGGCAAGUUUAAAAAACGAAGAUGUGCGAGAGACUUUGUAUUCCUUUGCUUAUAGGGGAAGACAAAAAGAUCCUUGUGUUGAAAUGAUAAAAAGUAAAGUGAAUACUCUAUGCGAUUCCUUUCGGGAAGUCUUAGAAGCAGUGAAUGAUGAUAAAUAUUAUCAGACACUCAUUGCUACAUAUGCUAAGAAGACUGAACCUGAGCUUGACAAGGCUUUAGUGAGACUCAAAAAGCUGAAAGAUACUUCUGAUCAAAAGAGCACCCAAACUUUGGUUGACAGUGCUCUUAACUUUCUGCUGUAUUUGGUUGAUGUUAAUGAUCUUAUUGAUGUUGCUCUUGGCACAUAUGAUUUGGAAAUUACCAUUAUGGUUUCACAAAAAUCUCAAAAGGAUCCCAAAGAAUUUCUUCCAUUUUACAAUGAUCUUCAGAAACUGGAAGAAAAUUAUAGGAAGUACAAGAUUGACAUGCACCUACAGCGCUACAAAUUAGCUUUACAGAACAUUAGCAAAUGUGAGGAUCGUUUUGAAGAAUGUUUGUCUUUGAUUAUAAGUCAACGCUUGUACGUCGAUGCUCUUUAUUUGUUCCCAUCAUCAUCUGAGAAGUUUAAAAUUGUUUGGAAAGAGUAUGGCUCUUACCUAAUGGAAAAGAAAUAUCAUGAUGAAGCCGGUUUGGCUUUUACGAGAUCCGAAGAUUACAGUAGUGCACUUUCUGCGUACCAAGCUGCAUUGAACUGGCAAGCUAUGAUUUGUGCCGCUGUGAAUCUCAAUUACUCAAAUGAAAGAAUAACUUCUCUAUGUCUUGAAAUGUCUGAAAAACUCAAAAGCAAUCAAAGAUACUUGGAUGCUUCCUAUUUAUUGGAACAUUAUGUGCAAGAUAUAGAAGAAAGCAUAGUCACUCUUAUUGAAGGUUGUGAAUGGAACACAGCUUUGUUGGUGAUGUCAAAGCAUAGAAGACUUGAUAUUGCUGAGACCCAUUUAAAACCUGCAUUACAAGAACAUCAUUCAUAUUUAUCUUCAUACAUGACGCAACUGUUAAAUGAUUUUCAUACUCAUGUGGACAGGCUAAAAGUCUUACGAAGUCAAAAGGCUCAGGAAGCUGAGUUACCUGAUACAGUAAAAUAUAAUGAUGAUGAGCUGUUCUCUGAAAACUGGCAGUGUUUACUGACAUUGGCAUCUUCCUGUGCCGAAUCAAAAACAGUUUUCAGGUGCUUCAAGAUAAAAUCAAUAAUGACAAGAAAGAGCUCAAAAAGCAACCGAAAACAGAAGUUAAAAAAAUACCGCUUAAAGAAAGGAAGCCCUCAUGAAGAUCUUGCUCAUAUUGCUGCUUUAUCAGAAAUUAUUCUGAAAAUUGAUACAUUGAAAGAUAAUUUCCUCAAUUCUUUGAAAGUUCUAGUGCGUUUUGGAUUUGACAAACUUGCGAAGGAACUGCAAAAGCAAAUGACAUCUGUAGUUACUGCGGUUGAAAGUGAAAUGUCUUUUAUUUGGCAGCCUGUAGAUAAUGUCGGUGUGCCACCAGAAUUAAAGUUUGGCCCUGAUUCCACUGCUAAUUCAAUUGCUGCAGCACUGCAAACAGAAAGGCAAAAUAAUGUGUCCAAACCUAUAGACGCAGAACUAUCUCCUCCACAAUGGCGAAAGAUGGAUCUUACACUACUAAUGUUCAGAUGAUAUUUGCUGCUUUGUAAAUAGCCUCUUAUCAGUUUUAUUUUGUACUUUAUUUACAAAUACAGUUUCCUCUUGUAGAU